AUGUCCUCUAUCGCUACCAUCUACGCUCCCUCUGUCAUGGCUGUCCACAAAAGGGUUCACAAAAAGGUCCGCUUUGCGCCUUUGAACAAACUCGGUCAAGAGACCUUCACUCCUAGCACUGCUAAGCUCCUCGUUGGCAAGGGUCCCAUCAUCCAGCCCACCAUCGGCGAAGACAAAGUCCCUCAAGGCUUUAUUCUCACCUGCGUCACCCACGGCAGCUGGUUCCGAGGCACCCACUUCUCCGACUCGCAGUCGUACAUCUACAUCUGCAAAAACAUUGCCAGCCCCAGCCCCGCUUCGUCCACCAUCGUCCGAGCCAUCACCUCCAUCCUUGACAAGGGAUACGGCUCUCCCUCCUUCGAGUCCCCCCGCCGAGUGAGCAAGGGUCUCGAGAGCGAUGUCGCCGCCCUGAAAGCCAAGAACGACAACUACGACGGCUUUGUUCAGGUCAACUUUGACGAUGUUUGGUCUUUCAGGCUCGCCAGGCUGGCUGCCAGACAUGCUGAGGGGGAGUGGAAGAAGAUGAAGUCGGGUCGUGAGACGAUGACUCCGGGUCAGAAGACAUACUUUGAUGUGUCUGGGAGGAAGCGCUGUUCUGCGUCGACCGUCCAUCAGUUGUUUGCUAUCUAG